AUGAAUGUCCGUGCUUCCGAUCUUUUAACCUUUGAUGGUAAUGUUAUGAACUGGCAUCCGUUUAAAAUCUCGUUUGAAGACGAAGUCAUCAACAAUCCGAAUCUAAUGGAAUCGAAGAAGCGCAAUCUACUUCUUAAGGUACUUGAAAAUGAUGCUAAGGACAGAGCUAUGGACCUUGUUAGGCAAGGCCAAACUCUUCGUUCUAUUUGGAUCUCGUUAAAUGCUUACUAUGGCGAUCCUAAGAAAGCUGACGAGUAUUUAUUGAAGCGUAUCCGUUCUAUCGUUUACGUUAACACAUCAUUCGAAUCUUCGAAAAUCGAAAUCAUGCUUAAUGAAGUUCGUCGAAUUUCUAGUGCUGCUAACAGCCUUGGUGCAGCUUACGUAUCUCGAUCGAANUGGUAUAUAAUUUGUGGGCAUGAACCGAUUUGA